UUCGUUGGAAGAUCUUUCAAAAUUGCCAAAUUUUGUAUUUCCCUUUAGGUUAAGCUGUUACAUUUGUUCAAAACUAUCCGGCAUGUGGUCAUCGUUUCGUCGUAUGUUGCCCGCGUUGACGGUGGGCGUGGCGAACGCAUUGCUCUUUGGAGCUUGCCCAGCUAUGCGGAUCUGUCCCGUGAUGGCCUCUUUCAUGGGCCUUGCUCCUCAUGACCCUUUGUUCGAGUUGAAACGGCAGCACUCGUCCGUUUGGAGCAAAAUCAAAGAAGGGGCCAUUCGAGUUUUUGGUGGAAUGGUUCAGGCCGGAAUUGGGCUGACCUGCCUCGUAGGAAGUACGUUCCCUCCGGCUGCUCCCUUUUGCACUGUUGCCUACGUAGCCGGAGUAUUCGGGGUGCAGUAUGUGGUCGAGAAAGCGGUUAAGAAAUGUUACGGAAUGUGAAGGAGGUGUCGAUUUUUUGUGACGGAUUCAUCUGUUAUAAUUGGGUACUAAAGCCCUAUGUAAAUUUUUAUGUACAACGGUAAAAAACACGAUCAAAAACCAUUUCUGAUCACUUUUUUUCAUUUUAAUACAAAAAAAAAAGACAAGACAACAUUUUUUCGAUGGAUCAACUAUGGUCCCCUUGAAACGAGCUGUCAAGUAGGAGCUUUUCUGUCAAGAAGGACCGCGAGGUUAAUUUUCCAAAAUUGAUUUAAAAAUCCAUUUAAAACUCUUUGUGGUCGUACAAAGGGUCAUUGUACUCAGAAAAAUAAGCUUUAUCACUGUAAACAAUAAUAUUAGAAAUCUAAGCUUCAUUUUAGGACC